AUGAAGCCGGUUCAAAGCCCACACCCAGUCGCGGUGGUGCCCUACACUGAGGCUGAGCAACGGCGUUUCAUGACAGCUGCUAUCAACGAGGCAAAGGCUGCUCUGGAAGAGGGAGAGGUCCCAGUAGGGUGCGUGCUUGUCGACUCAAGGACACGGGAAGUUGUGAGCACCGGCAGGAACGCAACAAACAGGACGAAGAACGCGACAAGGCAUUGUGAAUUCGAAGCUCUGGAUGCAUACAUGGCUUCACAUUCUCAGCAGGAUGGAGAGGACAGCGGCCCAGAAGCUGACACCGCAUAUCUCGACUUGUUCGUAACGUGUGAACCGUGUGUUAUGUGUGCCGUCGCCCUGCAGUGCGCGGGGAUUAGAAGAGUUUACUAUGGCUGUGGGAAUGACAGAUUUGGGGGAUGCGGUUCUGUGUUGUCUCUCAAUAAGAAGCUCUCUACGCAGUGGACGGGCUUGGAAUGCCAUCCUGGCAUUUUCAAAGAGGAGGCGGUUGCUCUUCUCAGGUCGUUUUACUCGCGAGGAAAUCCAAACGCUCCAGACGAAAAACGCCACCGCCACCUUUAA